UGUAUUUUUAGUUCAUUCUAAAGGAAAUAUUUAGUUCAAAAUGGGUGACGUUGAUAACGUAUAUGAACAACGAAUAGAAGACCAGAAUGCAGCAAACCACGAAUAUAGUAUUCCAACUAAUGUAUGGAAAAAUAAACUUGCCGACCUUUACAAAGCAAGAAGGAAAAGAGAUAAAUUAUUUGUGCUCUUGAUUGUAAUGCAGUUGAUUUGUUUAUCAGUGGCAGUUGCAUUCAUUGUCAUGCAUUUCAAUGGAGAACAUGGACAAAAGGGAGAAAAAGGAAGCCCAGGAGAACCAGGAGAACAAGGAAGACAAGGAGAAUCAGUUAAACAACUGACUUGUUCGGAUGGAUGGGAACAGUUUAUGGGCAGUUGUUAUUACUUUCAAUUCAGAUACAAAAAGACAUGGCAUGCGGCAAUGGAUGACUGUCAUGGAAAAGGAGGAUUCCUUGUAAAAAUAGACAAUGCCGUUGAAAAUUGGUUCUUAAAAACAUAUUUAAAAGCCGAAAGUUCAUAUCCUGUUUGGAUUGGAGCACACGAUUCUAUCCAAGAAUCAAAUUUCUUAUGGGAAUCCGACAAUACAAAUCUUACCUUCACAGACUGGAGUCCUGGCGAACCUAACGAUAACAGCAACGAGGAUUGUGUACUAGUGAUGAAUGUGUUUAACUACAGAUGGAAUGAUUAUCAAUGUUCAAAUAGAGAAUCAUAUAUUUGUGAGAAAAAAUGAAACUCAUUAUGCUUUACACACAUUUGCAUUUACACAAUAUUAUAAUAAUAAUACCAUAUGUAUCAUCACAGAAAUAUGUCAGUUAUUUUA